CCUCUCCAAAGUGCGUUUCUGUGAGAGACCCCUCGCAGAAAAUUUGGAGAGGAAAGGGUUAAGGAGUUUAUAGGGUCCAGAUUGAUGCCCCCUUUCCCACACGUCGCCAUGAACAAAUGAAUUCGCGGGGCAUUAAGUACUCAUUUCGCAAAGGAGAAAGAGUCCUGUGCUUUGAACCCGACCCCACCAAGGCUAAAGUGUUGUACGACGCUAAGGUCCUUGAUGUCUUGAUUGGUAAAGAUGAGCAUGGAAGAAGAGUCCCAAAGUACCUGAUUCACUUCAACGGUUGGAACAGAAGCUGGGAUCGUUGGGCUGCAGAGGAUCAUGUCCUAAGGGACUCUGAGGAAAACCGUAAUUUGCAACAUAAACUGGCACGCAAAGCUCUAGGUCGCAUGAAGAGAAAGGGAUGGGCCAAGAGGCGGGGACGUCAGUCCGGUACUAAAUCUUCACUGAAGACUCUCCCUAAGGAGGACGACAGUGAUGACGCAUGUUUGAUUUCGUCUUCAGGGAGCAGUGACGGGGACGACUCUGACCCUGAAUCCUCAAAUAGCGGGGAAAGCACCUUCUCUGAGGACAUCAACAAAAUGAGGGUUGAGCCCGACAUUAAUGUUAAAAGGGAAUGUGAGGAGAAGAUCGUCCAUGUCGACCUCAACAUCCCCGAUGUCCUGAAGAAGAAACUGGAGGAUGACUGCUUUUACAUCAACAAGAGGAAGAAGCUGGUCAUGGUUCCCUGUCAGACGAAUGUCGUGCACAUCCUCGAGUCCUACGUCAAGCACUUUGCCAUCAACAAAGCGUUCAUGGCCAAUGAGCGGUACCGGCGUCAGCAGAACACCACACAGAGCAGCAGCCCGCAGCCGGUCCCUCCGGAGAAGAGUGAGGAGUUGUGUAAGGAGAUGGUCGACGGCCUGCGGAUCACGUUUGACUUCACCUUACCCAUGAUCCUCCUCUACCCCUGUGAACAAGCCCAGUUCAAAAAGGUCAGCUCCUCCAGGCUUUUCCUGGCCGCCAACGAAAGCUCCCCCUGCUCCAGCAACGCCCAACGAGAGCGCAGCCCGAGCCCGUUGAGCCACAACCCGCCCACCCCCCAGUCCACAGACAGCCAACCAGCACUGAGCGACAUCUCUGCCACCACGCCCACCGCCACAGCCCCCACCCCGAAGCGCCGGCGUCACCCUGACAUGGACUGUAUCUCAUUCCAGUCCCAGUCACUCAGACGCUCCACCAGGAACACAUCUGGAGGCGACCGGCCAGCUGAAGGAAGCAGUGGAGGUGGAGGCAGUGCUACAGCAUCCCCGCAGCUCAAACGCCGUUUGGUCGACACCUCAUCCCAGCCCAAGUUCUUCCUCAACCUCGAGAGAAAAACCCCAGUGCACAGCGGCUCAUCUUCCCCGUUGCCCUUGACGCCAAGCAAAGAGCGAAGUGGGCCUUUCUAUAGCCAUGAGAGCCGGAGAAACAAUGAGCUUAAUGAGGUCCUAAGUUGGAAGCUGACUCCUGAUAACUACCCUCUGCAUGACCAGCCUCCUCCACCCUCCUACCUGUACGGAUCACAGCACCUCCUGCGGCUUUUUGUGAAGCUUCCUGAGAUCCUGGGAAAAAUGCAGAUCCCAGAGAGGAACCUCCGAGCCCUUGUCAAGCAUUUGGAUCUCUUUCUCAGGUUUCUGGCAGAGUUCCAUGAGGAUUUCUUUCCCGAGUCCGCAUAUGUGUCGGCAUCCGAGGCCCACUACAGCAUGAAACAACCGAGGCCGAUUUUUUGAAGGAGAUGUCGGCCAUUGUGCUUUCUCUCCCAUGCUUGUCUCUCCGCUGACCUUCCCUACAGCUCGUCUAGACCGACCUGUCUGGGCUCGUGUGCAGAGGAAUAAAUAGCAGCUGUCUCCAGAGAUCACCCGUGUUGUUUUCCUGGACCAACCUUCCUUCUCCUCUGGCCUAACAUUAGUUUUUCCUGCCGCUGGCUUGUGGCACUAGUUGCUUCUGCCAUGCCACUAGCCCAUGCUUUGUCUGUGGGACCGUCCUGCAUGUAAAGGCACCCUGCGCUGCUUUCCUCAUUGUCAUCUGCUUAUUUCUUAGCUGGCCUACACGUUUUAGGAGCAGGCUAAGGUUAGGAAGUUCUCUAGCCUCUCAGCUUUUAGAGUCCAACCAAAUACAAACAGCUUUGAAUCACUCAGCUGUGGAAGCAGACACACGCACAGCAUUGCUUGGCAAUAAGCCUCCUUUGUCACCUGCUCAGACUUUACCGCUCUUCAUACCCUCAGUGUUGAGGCCUGUUCAUAGAAGGGACACGGGUUGAUAAUCUUCCUGUUCUAAGUUUGGAUAGUCUUUAGGGCACCGCUGGUUUGCCUGUUUGGUAGCUUGGCUCCUCUUUAGUGCUGACUUUCUGUCAGCGCUCCCCAUGCAGCUCCGCCAGUGAUCCUCAUCUGGACUUGGUCCUCCCGUCCCAGAGGCGCUUUGCUGCUUUCGCUGCACAAUUCUAAAGUAUUGACUCUUAAAAUACUUUGAAUCAGGAAUGUUGUUCUUCCUGUGGACUUCACUCUGUAGUAUUACACCUUCCACUGUCCCUGAGAGAUUGUCUUAGUUCUUGGUUUGUCCUGUGCAUGCCUGAUAAAUGUCUAAAUCAGUAUGUUAUUUAUUUCUCUUUGCACACCACUGGAUCACCCUGUUCCUGUCCGUUGAAUUGGUUUUACAAUAUGUGACGUAACACAUUACUAUGUGUAAUACAAUGGUUCUAUGUUUCCCGUAUUGUGUUUCUUUACUGUGACGUCUGUUUCUUUUAAACUCUGUUUUCUUCAGUUUAAAUAAAGACCUCAUCCUCUUCACAUA